ACUCGCUUCGCUCUCCUCCAACGUUCCCCUCUCCACGACUCUCACAAUGUCUGGCCGGCGAGCCAUGCUAUGCUCCCGCCACGGUGACGUCACUCUGAGUAGUGUAGUGCAGUGAGAAGGAUGUACACUCCGUCCGUGUACAUACCCAAGUGAAACGAAACAAAAAUACAGUGAAACCCAAUUCUUGCAACACAAGUGUCUCUAGUAUAUAGUAGGAAAAAAGAAAAUUUCCCGCGUGCAUUUAUUCCCCUUCCCAAAAAUUGAUUAAAUGUUAGGGACAUGUUCCCAAACAAGUUAUCAGUUUAAUAACUACCCCCCAAAAAUAACAGGAUAACCUUUUUUUCCUUUAAAAAAAAAGAAAAUAGUGUGUCUUCGGUAAAAAAAAUUCCAGUGGAUGUGAACUCGGUGCAAGUGGAGAAGGCACAUCGAAACGUCACUGGUUUAUAUUGGAAAGCUUGAGAUUAUUUUUUCAAGUUCUGCCUUUUUUUACAUUAAUUUUUGGUGUUUGGAGGGGGGGAUGAAAAUUAAGUGUAGGUGAAAGAAACGUGAUUAGUAUAUAUUUUUUUUUUAUUGAAACGAGGAGGCAGGUAGGAUCGUGAGUGGAAAAAAAAUGUCGCAAUCUGAACGGGAUGGGUCACUCCCAGGUGAAUAUCUCGUGUGUGACGAGUAAAGUGAUAUUCGAAGUGUGUACGAUGUGGUGUAGGGCGAAAUAUCUCCGCCUCCUCCUCGUUGAAGCUGAUAGUGGUGAGUCCUGCAGUUUUUCGAACGCGGUGGAGUGUGAUAACGAGCCACUUUUUGUCGUUGACCCUUGUCCUUGCUGCAAUCAGCCCCCAAUCAGGGGUCAACGAUUUAUAAGUUAUUAGUGUGUUUGUUUUUUUUUGGAAGAGAAAAAAAUUUGAAUUUAAAAGGGAAUUUAAAGUUUUGUUCUUUCUUUUUUUUCUGCUUUUUGGGUGAAAAAAAGAGAGAAUUGAGGAGUAUAACGGUCAUCGUUUGCUCGCGAAAGCGAGCGCCUUUGGUUCUUCUCUUGCCUCAUGGCAAUAUUGAACCGGCGCUCGGAGACUCACUGAAAGGGUGUGUUUCAAAGCAGAGGAAAAGUUUUUUUUGUUUUUGAAAAAAAAAAUAAGGAAAUUUGGAUAAAGGGAGAGGAGAUUUGUGAAGUGAGUGUUUUUUGUGGAAGUCGUUUAUUAAUAUCGGUCGAAGUUGUGUGUCGUUGUACAGUGCCGCCAAACGAUACCACAACAUCCGAUCCCAAAUGAAGAGUUCGGAGCAAAAUGGUUAGAGAGACACGUCACCUGUGGGUUGGAAAUCUGCCGGAAAACGUCCGUGAGGAUCGAAUAAGAGAGCACUUCAAAAGGUAUGGACGCGUGCAGAGCGUCAAACUGCUGCCACGGGGCGAGGAGUGCCCCGUGGACGGUGGUUCCCUCGGAGAGGGAAACGAGGGUGGUUCCGGAACUGGAGGUGGCGGCGGUGGAGGCGGCAGUGGCUCGAAUAGUGCCGGGGGCGCAUCAGCGACGGUGGCGUUCAUGGAUAUCAAGUCCGCAGCGAAGGCCCACGCGACAGAACACACCCUGGACGAAAGAGCCCUCACCACCCAGUACUAUGAACCUCAGCAUCUCCAGCACAGAUUUCCCUCACAUGGAAGCUCUGAGGAUCAUGUAUCCAGCGGCGGUGGAGGAAGCGGCGUCGGCGGAGUUGGAGUUGGAGUUGGUGGAGGAGGAGGAGGAGAGACAUUCGAAUCGAGAGGAACGCACGGCAGUUUCUAUGGUGGCGAUGGCAGGAGCAACCGCGUGGGCGGCGGCAGCAGCGGCAGUGUUGGCGUCGUCGUUGGCCACCAGGUUGAUCCGAGUUCGGUCGACCCCAGCGGAUAUAUACCACGAGGACGUCCACCACCGAACAGCAGUUACCACGUGACGUCGACAAGGGCGAGGGAUCGGCUCUAUCCGCGAACAACUCCCUAUUCCAGCGGUCCGCCACCCCCGCCCCAUAUAGACCGUCAUCGCAGUUCACUCACCACCUCGACCUCCUGGUCCAGUUACGAAUCCGCCAGCUCUAGGUAUGGCUCUGGACCGCCGCCACCGUCGCCUGCCACCACAGACUCUUAUCCCGACGAACCAGGCAAUGGAACGGGGAACAGUGGCAACAGUUUAAAGCAACACAAGAAGCAGAGGAGAAAAUCGCGAAGCGGCAGCAGUUCACCGAGUGGAAGUAGCAGGUCAAAUAGCAGCAGUAGUAGUCGUAGUGGUAGUUCUGGUGGUAGCAGUUCGGGUGGCAGUAGUUCGCCGGGUAGUUCGCCACAUCGUACGGGCAAUGCGUCGGUGACGGAGGAUCGAAGGCCAUUGGCGAUAUGCGUGAGAAAUUUGCCGGCGCGCAGCAGUGACACGUCGCUCAAGGAUGGUCUCUUUCACGAGUACAAGAAGCAUGGCAAAGUCACGUGGGUGAAGGUGGUCGGCACUGCCGGCGACAGGUACGCCCUCGUGUGCUUCAAGAAACCGGAGGACGUUGAAAAAGCUCUCGAGGUCUCGCACGAUAAAUUAUUUUUCGGCUGUAAAAUCGAAGUCGCACCCUAUCAGGGCUACGACGUCGAGGACAAUGAAUUUCGACCAUACGAAGCUGAACUCGAUGAAUUUCAUCCGAAGGCAACGCGAACAUUGUUCAUUGGCAGUCUUGAGAAGGAUGUCACCGCUUCUGAACUCAGGAAACAUUUUGAACCGUUUGGCGAAAUUAUCGAAAUUGACAUCAAGAAACAGGGAGCAGUGACGAGUUACGCGUUUUGCCAGUACACGGACAUAAAUAGCGUCGUGAAAGCAAUGCGGUCGAUGGACGGAGAACAUCUGGGCUCAAAUCGAAUAAAACUUGGAUUUGGAAAGUCAAUGCCCACGUCCUGCGUUUGGGUUGAUGGCAUUGGAGAGUGCGUAUCGGAAAAGUACAUCAACAUGCAAUUUCAUCAGUUUGGUCCAAUCACGCAAGUGGUAGUUGAUCGUGAACGAGGUCACGCUUUAGUUUUCUUUGAGCAAAUCAGUUGCGCCCAGGCUGCGGUCAAGGAAAUGAGGGGCGCGAAUCUUCGAGGACGUCGUCUUCAGGUCGAUUUUGCCUCGAGGGAGUGUCAAGAGACGUUUUACGAACACCUCGAACGACAGGGUUUCGCCGGUGAGAAACCCUGGGACACGAGACCAUCGCCCGCUGCCACUUUUGACGUUGCGAGGGAGAGGACCUUCGAUUCGGCUGUGACGGUUCCAAAUAGCGGUAGUAGAUUCACACGUUACGAGACGCCGCCGAGAGCGAGGGCAGCGAGUUACAGUCGAACGCCGGGUGGUGGAAGCACACCUGGAGCGAGUCCAGCUCAUCCGACGGCGAUGUCUCGAAGUAGUCGACGAUCGUAUCAAGAUCCGUAUUACGAGAGUGAUUACAGUGAGCCAACAACGAGGCGAUUUCGCAGUUACGACGAGUACAGCCAAGGAAGCGGUGCGAGUCACGACGAUUACGAUGGCACGGUGAUUAGUGAAAGCAAGCUCAACGACGAAGACUGUCCAUCAUUGGCGCGACGACACACUGUUCAGAGUGUCGUGUCCAGUAUCGAUUCUCCAGCACCUCCGCCUCCUUUAUUACCUCCGCCUGAUAUCAGGCAUCUCCAGAAGGAGCGAGUGCAUUUACUCGAACAACUUGAGGAGUGUCACAGUAGUGGCGACGAAAUCGCGUUCGCCCCAAAAAAGAGGCCAAAGCUCGACGGCUCAGCGACGUCGAUUCCCUGCGAGGAGGAGGAGCCGGAAAUCGCGUCGUUACUCGUCACCUCGCAUUCCGGGAGGAAGGGAAUGGAAGUCCGAAGGGUCAGUGACAGUAAAGUGAUAAUUCAUCAUGGAUCGAGGAGAGGCAGUUGCGAGGGCCGAGGGCCUGGUCCCUGCAAGCGGCGGCGGGACACAGCGAGGCAUCACGAUCAUCACGACGGUUCGCGGCCAGGAACGCCGCUGGUCGACGAGAGACCGGAAAAUCUCAUCCCCAGCGAACCACGGAGGUUUCGCGAGCGAAGUCAAGAGGGUCCUCUGUCAUUGCCCCUGCCGCGAUUCGCGACGCAGAUGCUCAACAACAACAACACGAGCAAUAGCAACAACAACAACAGCGGCACACCGAGAGCCAGUCACGUGUCUCUAGCGAAAAUCGCCAGUCCACCUUGUGCGUCGACCGCGCCAACGACGAGUCCCCGCACGGCGCCGCAACCGCCAGCGUCGCCUCCUCCCCGACACAUUAGCCCGAGUCCCACCAGUUCCGACAGCGAGGCAGCGCCCCAGUCACCGAGUCUCGAGGAGCGGAUACGAUCGCUCGACGAGAAGUACGAGAAGUGGUCGGGCUCGAGAGCGUUGAGCGCGGCUGGCGGCGACGCCCUCGCCAAGUUGGACGCCUCCGCCUCUGAGCGCUUCAGGUUUCGUCACAAACUACUCGACCUCGAUCUCCAUGAAGUGCAACCAUCGGACAUUGUCAAAUCGGUCCUCGCUAAGCGCAGUGUCUUCGAUGAGGACUCAAAGAGGCUUGAGAACUUUAACGAGAAAUACGAGCCUCGCGAGUUCACGGGCGUCAUUGGCGUGAGCUCAAUGAUCGGCAGUAGUGGAAGUCUCGCGAGUGUUGCUUGCCCGAGCAAGGUGUGUUUACAGUAUCCAUUUCCUAGUCAUCCGCCGGUACAGACGGCGACGUCCAGUACGACACCCACGCCCUCAACUCACAAGAACGAUCCCAGAACGGCGACACCGCACAAUUGCGUGCACCCCACGACGCCCGUCACACCGGGCACGUCAAUCAAGACAGUGAGUCCGGAGUUGCCGCCAGUCACACUACCAAUCACGAAUCAGAGUAGCGCGACUGCGGCCAGUAGCAACAACAACAUCAACAACAGCAGCGGUAGUGGUUUAGCGUCAGCGAGUAAUCUUCUUAGUAGCAACGGUAGUGUAGGCAAUUUAAAUAGUGUUCAUUCCCUGAGCGCUUCGACGAGUCGAGUAUUAAAUCCCGUUGUCACUUGCCCUGUGAUGACACCCCCGACAACGGGAGCAAUAAACCCGACGAUUAUAAACACGGCUGUCACGACGUCAACGGUCCCGAUCUCAACCGCAUCGACCUUAACGUCCAACGCGAGUCAUCAUCAACCUUCCACACCUUCGUCUACCUCGUUAUCAACAUUGUCUUCAUCGUCUUCUUCCUCCUCCUCCUCUUCCUCGUCGUCCUCGUCUUCCUCUUCCGAUCUUUCCAAAUCGAGAUUAAGGAAAGAAACCCGCGAUUCCAAGGACUGCAAGGACAAACACACGAAAAAGGAAAACAGAAAAGUCCGAAAAGACGAGUCCGAGGAGAAGAGCAGUCGCAAGGACGACAAGGAGGAGCGUCCAAGUCCAGCGGAGCGUAUCGAGCCGGAGAAAGAAACCAAAUACGAGAGGAAGGAGCGAGAGGAGAAGGAGAGGCGGGAGAAGGAGGAACUGAUCGAGAGAAGGGAAAAGGAGGAAAGAGAUCGACAAGAGCGGAAGGAACGCGAGGAGCGCGAGAGGCGAGAAAAGGACGAGGAGCGAAGGGAGCGCGAGAGACUCGAAAAGGAGAAACAGGAAAAGGAGCGAAAGGAAAGAGAAGAACGAGAGCGAAAAGAGCGCGAGGAAAUUGAGAGGAGAGAACGCGAGAGACGUGAACGAGAGGAAAAAGAGAGGCGAGAGCGAGAAGAAAAAGAGCGACAGGAACGAAAAGAGAAGGAAGAACGCGAAAGGCGAGAGCGCGAGGAGAAGGAACGAAAGGAACGAGAAAGAAUCGAGCGUGAAAAACAGGAAAAAGAACGCCUCCGAAAGGAGCGUGAAGAACAGGAAAAACGAGAAAAAGAAGAACGCGAGAGGAUAGAAAAAGAGAGAAGACGCGAAGAAAAGGAACGACUCGAGAAAGAACGCAAAAGAGAACGAGAAGAAAAAGAACGUCUCGAGCGCGAAAGGAGAAAAGAAAAAGAAGAACGCGAGCGACAAGAGAAAGAAAAACGUGACAAAGAGGAAAAAGAAAGGCGACGUGAACGCGAAGAUCAAGAACGAAAAGAAAAGGACAAGAGAAAGGAACGCGAGGAAAAGGAGAAGCGAGACGAUCGAAGACCAAACGAAAAUCACAUUCAUCAAUCCACUCCAAUUCCGGCGCCGAUUCCCAUCAAACGCCGCUGUUCCUCUCAAGACACGCCCAUCGAAGACGACGCCAAGCGGAUGAAAAUCUCCGAUCACCGAAGAGACAGCAAGGAUCGUUCCAAGCAAAACCGAAGAUCCGAGGAUCGUAAACAUCGAAACGAUUCACACCGAUCUAGUCGAGACAGUAGAGACAGUCGUGAAAGCAAAGACUCCCCCUCACAAGAUUGCAUCCAAGAUCUUGCCCGUGACUCAAGUCGAGAAGGAAAGGAAAAUAAUCGCGACACCGUCAAGGAGAAGCAACGCAAAAAGAGUCGCUCCGAAAGAUCCGAAAAAGAAUCACGUGAAAGGAGUCCUAGAGUUUCUCAAGAACCCGACAAAGACUUUCUCUCGAGGCUCGAAUUGGCCAAGAGAAACGACUCAAUCACCAACGAUCAAGACAUCAUUGGAUCACAUCACGUCAAGGACUUGCAUCACCACCAUCAUCACCACCACCACCAUCAUCAUCACCACCAGCAACAAAAUCUACACAGCGACGUUGACGAAGGUGUCUUAUCCACUCACGAAAUGCAAGGAAUGCGCCAUCCGUCAGCCACCGACACCGACAGUGACGAACCCAAGAAGCAUUCAAUCUUCGACAUUGUCGACGACGAGCCGGCUUACAUCAGUAUGUACGACAAAGUCAAAGCCAGAUCAACCAAAAAUAUGCAGAAACUCGAGGAGGAGAAACGCCAAGUGAGAUUGAAGGACAAAUUCUCCCAAUUGAAACAAAGUCGAGCGAGACGUGAGGAAAAGAAACAGAGCACAUCCUGGGAUGGCGAUUCAGUGAGUAGUAAAGCACUCACCGAGGAUGAAGCAACAUCAGAAUCCGAUUCAACGAGAGCGAAAUCAGUCUCGAGAAAAGGAUCACGAUCGCGAAUUCAUUCGGACACCAGCGAAGAGGAUGAGUCAUUCGACAAUAAACGGACAAUCAUCAAAACCGAGAGGUUUCACGAAAGUGAUGUCGAUCUUGGUUUUGCUGAUUCCGAAGAAAAGCAUAAUCCUCUCGACACAAAAUCAAGCGUUGUCGUCAACAAUGUCCGCGUUGCUAUCAAGGAAGAACCUAAAACAUCCGACGAUGAAGAGAGAAUAUCCUUCUCCACCAAUCAUCCUCUGACGAACAAUCAUGAACGAGAAGUCCGCAAGAAAUCGCACAAAAAGAAACAGAAGCGACAGAAGAUCAACACUGGACUAAAUGAUGGACUGUUAAUUCUGGCCAAUUGUAUCGCUAAUAAUCGAAAAGACGAUGAGGAGGACGAGGAGGACGAAGAUGAUGGAGUUAAACACAAAAAGAAGCAGAAGCGCCAGAAGAAUUCGAUUGACAGUGAGGAUGGACCAUUGAUUCUAAACAACUGUAUCAAGAAUAAUAUUAAAGAAGAAGAAGAAGAGGAGGAGGAUGAGGAAGAGGACGAAGAUGAUGCCGUCAAACACAAGAAGAAGCAGAAACGUCAGAAGAAUUCAAUAAGCAGCGAAGAUGGUUUAUUGCUUUUGGCAACGUACAUUGCGAAAAGCCUUAAAGAGAAGGAAGAAGACGAGGAAGACGAUGGCAUGAAACUCGAACCGUCCGAAAAUAUCGAGCACAGAAACACCAAGAUGAAUGCCAGUGACACCAGUCUUGAAAGUCGCAAUCACUCGUCCGAGAUGAAUAACACCAUCAACUCGAAGUCCUUCAACGCUUCGAUUGUCGACAAUCCCGAGGAGAGGAUGCGAGCUGACAAGAACAAGAGGAACAAGAAGGAGAAGCGCAGAGAGAGGAACGGUGAUGAAAAGACCAAAGCUAGACGAAAGAGGCUUAAUAGACAAGAAGGUAGAGAUAGUCAGAGAAUGGAAGAUAUUUUCGGUCCUCUCUCCGACGAUGUUGACGAAGCUCCAUCCAACACGUUCUUUAAUCGACUGGGCAGCAUACCAAAGGAGAACAAUGUCUACCACUCCGACAGUGACGGUGCUCGCAGUCCUGACGUUGAGACAAUUCGAAGGAAGUCCGAAAAGAAGCGCAGACAUCAGCCGCAGGAUGAGAACAGUGUCGAUCUAGCGGAAGCUGGACGUGAAAUCGAGGCCAAACUUCUGGGCCUGCCGAAUUCACCAAAGUCUGCAGUUUGCACCGAAUCCACCGAUCAUGACGUAUUCCGAUUCACGGAUGACAACGACAGUAUCGAACCCUCAACUCCAAACACAGUUCCCGAGAAGAUCAAGGAAAAGAAGAAGAAACGGAAAAAGUCGAAAGAUGAGCGAGGACGAAAGGACUGUCACCACCAUCACCAUCAUCACCACCACCAUCAUGACAAAGCUGGUGCUUUGCCUUAUCUUGGAUCGGAGUCUAGUCCUCCAAGAGCCAGUAGUCCAAUCAUCUCGGAAGAAAUGUCUCCCACUCUACCGCCGUCCAGAGAAUCAAUGCCGAGCCCCAUACCAAAAAUUUCCACCAACAUCACUGAUAUUUCUUCACCUCCAAGUGUCAACCAAUCCAAGGAAUUCAAAACAGACAAGAAGAAGGACAAAUUCAUACCCGGUUACGGAAUUGAAAUCGACGAGACGCUACACAACAAUGCUGUGAAAAGUAUUUCGGAACCUGAGGAAAGGGCCAAAUCACAGAACGAUCAGGAGGAAGAGGAAGCAACACCUCCAUCCCCUCCGGCGCAGCCUGAAGACAAACCCAGAGUUGCCAUCUCGCAAGAGGAGACGGAAGUCGCCGUUGCUGCCCUCAUGGCAGAGAACUUUGGCGGACCCUCCGAGGACUAUUCGUACGAAGAGGAUGAGCCGGAGACCGUUUCUUCCAGUGAACCACCACCCGACGCUCCUCAGGAGGACGUCGAGGAGAUGCAGCAAGCCGUCGAGAGUCUGAACGCCUCCUCCGGUGAGGCCGAAGCCGAUCUGAAACCAGACACUCCCCAGAGCGAGCACGAUCUCCAAAUUGACACCGACACCGAAGAGGAUCGCAAUUACGAAAACUUUGAUCUCUCUCAACCGCCCAAGACGCCUGACAUUCCUUCUUUCUACAAGUCCAAGAAUCCCGAGAAGACUCCAGAGAAUCCCAACUACGUUGUUCCAACACUCGAUCUGGUCUUAUCCUACUUUGGGAAUAAAUAUCCCGACAGUCGAGAAGUCACAAAAGUCACUCCUCAAGUCGCUUCUCAGGGCGAGCCUCUCAAGCCAAGUCUGGGUGCCACCGAGCCGGAAAGAUCUGCUCAAUCUCUACCCAGCGCUCCGUCUCUACCGCAAAUUUCUCAAAGUUUGCCUGAACGGUCAACACCUAUCGCCGUACGACCCACUCCAUCUCUUGUCGAAAGAUCUCCGGCCUUAAUCGAAAGAUCGACUCCAUCCCUAACGGACAGACCAACGCCGUCACUAGUCGAGAGACCAACCCCAUCUUUGGCCGAACGAUCAGUACCAUCCUUGACCGAAAGAACGAUUCAACCCCUAGCCGAAAGAACUCAUUCUCUACCAACAACUCUUCACUCCUCGGCAGAAAGAACAGCGCCAACGUCUCAACCACCAGCACCACAAGUCCGUCGAAACUCCACCUCGCCACCGCCUCAAUUCAAAUCCACCGGAAUUCCCGUUUUGAACCAAAUUCCAAGAAUUCCGGCAGUCAGCCCGAGACCACCAAUCGGCUACAAACCACUCCAUCAAAGACUUCCGGUGACACCCCAAACUCAAAUGGUUCCACUGCGACAAGUUGCUCCGAGAAUGCCGAACGUGACAGCCUCAUCGUCCGCCAACUUGGCGCCCGUUCCUCCACUCGUACCAUCCAGGAUGCCGCCACUCAUCUCCUCGCAACUAUCGCCACGAGUCUCGCAACCACUCUCGCCGAACGGUCAAUGGUCCCGAGGAGCUCACGCUCCAAAUGCCAGCAAACCGUCACCACCUCCACCACCAACACCCGUGAGGAUUCCCGUGAGUGUUCCAAUCUCCGCCCAUCGACCCGACACUCCGAUGCAACACAUCUACUCCACCGCUGCUAGUCAACAGCCUGUGAUACAACACGCGCCGGGAAUGAGAGCCCUGGCACCCAACUACCCACGAGGUGGUCUUCCACCACUGACGCUCAACAUUCCACCGAGACCCUACAUGCCAAGCGUUCCACCACUCACUCCUGGUGUUCAGGUCAAGACCCCCAGGGACACAGGUCUCGGUGGGAAGUCAGUCAUCGAGACGUUGAUCCCCGUGAAUCCAAGUGAACCCCCAAGACUCGAGGAACCGAAACUCUCGCCUGCUAUCUUGCCGGAACCCACCAACAAGGCCUCCACUUCGCCCAAAGUUCCAUCUCCGAAUCAACCGCCUACUUACAUUCCAGAGACGGCGAAAAUCGAAAUCAACGCCAGUACUUCGAGUCCGAUCUUCGGCAAACCGGCAAAUACUCUCGACACAAUUAUGCUCUCGCCCAGGCAGAAGCAACAUCUGGACUCUGGUCUCUUGUCGCAGAAGCAUCUUGAGAGUAAUCUGAUUGGUCCAAAGCAUCUGGACAGUAGUCUGAUUGGUCAGAAGCAUCUCGAGAGUAAUCUGAUUGGGCAAAAGCUUCUCGAGAGUAAUCUGAUUGGGCAAAAGCAUCUCGAGAGUAAUCUGAUUGGACAGAAGCAUCUUGACAGUAAUCUGAUUGGCCAGAAACAUCUCGACAGUAAUUUGAUUAGUCAGAAACAUCAUGACAGCAAUCUGAUUAGCCAGAAGCAUCUCGACAGUAAUCUGAUUGGUCAGAAGCAUCUUGAGAGUAAUCUGAUUGGACAGAAGCAUCUCGAGAGUAAUCUUAUUGCUCAGAAACAUCUCGAUAGUAAUCUGAUUGGUCCAAAGCAUCUGGACAGUAAUCUGAUUGGUCCAAAGCAUCUGGACAGUAGUCUGAUUGGUACAAAGCAUCUGGACAGUAGUCUGAUUGGUCAGAAGCAUCUCGAGAGUAAUCUGAUUGGACAGAAGCAUCUCGAGAGUAAUCUGCUUGGACAGAAGCAUCUUGACAGUAAUCUGAUUGGUCAAAAGCAUCUUGACAGUAGUCUGAUUGGACAGAAGCAUCUCGACAGUAAUCUGAUUGGACAGAAACAUCUCGAUAGUAAUCUGAUUGGGCAGAAACAUCUCGACAGUAAUCUGAUUGUCCAGAAACAUCUCGAGAGUAAUCUGAUUGUCCAAAAACAUCUCGACAGUAAUCUGAUGAGUCAGAAACACCUCGACGGUAAUUUGAUUGGCCAAAAGCAACUCGACAGUAAUUUAAUGAGCCAGAAACAUCUUGAUAGUAGUUUAAUGAGCCAGAAACAUCUAGACAGUACUUUAAUGAGUCAGAAACAUCUAGACAGUAAUUUGAUGGGCCAGAAACAUCUGGAUAGUAAUUUACUAUCACCCAGACAGAAGCAGGAACUCAAUCUUCAACUGUUAACUAGAGUUUCCACUCCGAGUCCAGUGAUUGUUGCCCACAGUCAUCACAAAAUUCAUCCUCUGGCCACAUCCACAGUUCCGACACCUAAUCAGCCACUAAUCAAGACCGUCGUUCCAAUAGUUGACCACAAACUUAACGAGCCAAGAUUCAAUCAGAAAUUCAAAAUUGAAGAGAAAUUCAGACCGGAAAAUUACCAAACUGACGAUAAAUUCCGCGAGGUACCGAAGCAAAUUCCGCCUCCAGCAUUAUUGACAAAAUCGACCAUUGCACAGACGAACGUAUCGAAGGCGGUGACACCCACGGCCAAAGACAUCAAGGAUAUGAUUGAUUUCCCCGAAUUCAAGGAGAUCAAGGAAAUCAAGGAGAUCUCGGAGAAGAUCCUCGAGGACCGAACUGAUUCAGAGGAAAGUCAACCAAUGCUCCUAACACCACCGGUUCAGUCAAUAAAAUCAAUCGAGGACAAGGAGAAUCUUGCCAAAGCUAAUGAAGAACCAGCUAAAGUUAAAGACGAGAAGAUUAAAGAUGAACCGAAGGAACCGAAGAUCAAGGAAGACAAAGAAGUGGAAGUAAAGAAGGAACACGAGGUGAAGACCGAACUCAAGGAAGUCCUGCCAAAAGAUCAAGAGAAAGAAAAGGAGAAAGUCGUUCCCAAGGAGAUAAAACAGGAGACGGACGACGAACCAACAACGGAUCCGCUCGCCCUGGACAUUGCCAAGGAAGACCAAACCGACAGCAAAGAGGACAGUGACUAUUGGUCAGCCAAGGAGGUCAACAUCGAGAGUGUAAUAAAGAAAGUCGACGCCCUAUGCGACGGCGAGGACAACGACGUCGAUGAAGAGACCGAAAAUCACGACUCCCACGACACCAGCAAGAGCGAAGCCGACUCCUGGCUAGACUCCGAAUCCAUCGAAGGCGACAGCAAAAAGAGUUUCUCCAACGACGAUCAGGACGAGGGUGUCGAGACCUGUGAAAUCGAGACGAAAUCAAGACGCGGACGAUCGAAAUCACGAAGAGGACGCGGCGGAGUAACAACACGUCGAGGAGCGAAAACAGUCGCCUCAAAACGUGGCGGAAGAACCGCUCGCGGUGGCAAACACGCCGAGAAGAACAAACCCACCGACGUCUACGAAUUCCACGACGACAGCGAGGAGGACAACGCCGGUCGUCCCAGGUUGAUCCUCACGAUAAAAUCCCCAGGUCCAAACGCAACCGGACCCAACGCUCAACCAUCAACACCAGUCGCCGCCGUCAAGGAAGUGCCAGCCGAGGAAUUCGUCUCCCCCGCCGUCAACACCCGCAAAUCCCGAAGACUCGCCGAAAAGGACUGCAGUCGAACCUCCAUCGACGACAUCAUCGAGGACGUGAUUCGAGGCACGGCCAAGAACCCCGCGGCCACUCGCCGCAGCACCAGGCACAACAGCUCGCCCAAGAGCCAAAUACCACCGCCCGUCGAGCCCAAGAAAUCCACCCGCGGUGGCCGCAAGGGCCCCAGGCGAGUCUCCGAAAACAAUGACGAAAGCGAAGAAAAACCCCCGGUGAAAGAAGAAGUCGAAAAGGAACCCGAGAGAGUCGAGGAACCGGAAAGAAAAGUAAAGGUUGAAGAGAAACCGGUGAUAAGAAAGCCAGCCUCUCUCGAGCCGAUGACUCUCAUCGAUCCCGUCACUGGAAUGCUUAUCCCAAUGCGAGAGUCGGAAGAGGGACAGUACAUUCCAGUCGCCACGGGACAGAACGCGAAGAUCGGGGUCAUAAACAAAGUCUUCGAAACCCCGGUUCCGAAGAAGGAGGAAGAAACCAAAGUUCCUCCGCCAACAACCGUCUCGACUGUCAUCUCAUCAUCCACCGCAGUCACGACCCAAGCGCCAAUCACAAAACCCCAGAGUCUGAAGGCCCACGUUCUCAACGCCGUGCAAUCCCUUCAGCCAAUCGUAGUCACCAAAACAGCAGUUCCAAAUCAGGCAAUAGUUCAAAAUUUGACGAAACCACCGACCCAGACGGGUCUUCACCUACAAAUCCCUUGCAACAGGGUCGCUUCACCGAAUUUGAGUCCCCUUGGCGGUAACAAGCACGUACAAUCAGCAAAUGGAAAACCCCAAAGUCAACCUCAACCACAAGGUCAACAACAGGCGAAAUCGCCAGUGUCGAAUACUACAGUGACGACAAAUCCAAAACAACAUUUACUGCAAGCGGCUAAACAAACACCGGCGACGAUAAAUAGUCUUGAGCAGAAAUUGCCGAGUGUGCAUCCGGGAACUUUGGCUGCGGCGCCAGCGCAGAGAAUUCACCAGGGCAUUCCUCAACCGACAACUCUGAAAGCAAUAAAUGGACAAUUACAUCCUGUUAAUCCGAAAGCUCAUAUACUGCAAGCUGUGGUUCCGCCAGUGAUGUCCGGGGCUGUUGCGAGUCCACCCGCUCAGGCUCAUGUCAUUGGAGCUCAACCUGUCGUGGCUGGUGGCGCUUGUUCACGAUCUGCGCCUACCAAAGCACAGGUGACGGGAGCAAUGGAACCUCCAAAAGUGGAAAUUUCAAUGUCUGGCUGCAUUAUGGCUUCUCCUGGUCCUCAACCACCUCGAGGAGUUCCAAUUUCAGCUUAUGAAGCAUCACUGCAUGGAAGUGCGAGUGCAGCUCCAGCAUCAGGGGGACAGUAUGGACUCGUUCCCCCUCAUCGCUCCCAAAGUCCUCCAUUGCCCCCUGCCUAUCAUCACGCUAAUGCUUCUCAGGGCGAUGUUGUCAAUCCCUAUGGAAAUCUAACAAGAGCCGCGGAAUUGCCGUCGCACUAUAUUCAUCCCUAUCAGUACAUCCUUCGCGCCCAGCAGGAGGCAAUGACGGCACCGCGAAUUGCGUAUCACGUACCAGGCACAAGAUCGCCACACUUGCCGCUUGAUCAAAAAUUGGAAACCCCUGGCGAGGAGAAUCCAAGUCCACCUUUGGAAUACAGACGUAGCACGAGAACACCACAGGAAAGAACAACGGACAGUCCGCAAAUUGCACCGGUCUACAUGCAUCAUCAGAAUGCUCGCCUCCCACCGCCACCGCCGCCGCAAUUCAAUGCCGGAAGUGCCGUUCAACGCGGCUACUACGAUCCACCGCCAGUUCACAUUCAAUCACAAUAUCCAAUGGCUGGCAGUGAAGCGCCCACUGAGCGCGCAAUCACACCCGAUCGAAGUCGAAAAUUACAAGUGGCAACACCACCGCACGCAGCUCAAGUCCCACCGCAAACUGAUUCGCUGCCAAUGCUUCUUCAACGUUAUCCGGUCAUGUGGCAGGGAUUACUCGCGCUCAAGAGCGAUCAGGCCGCAGUGCAAAUGCAUUUUGUCUUUGGCAAUCCAAAUGUCGCCAGGGAAGUGUUGCCCUCGUGCAACAGUGAUGGAUCAACACCGCAAUUGAGAAUCGCUCAGCGCAUGAGGCUCGAGCAGGCGCAAGUUGAGGCCGUGGUCAGGAAGAUGCAGACCGACAAUGAGCAUUGCAUAUUGAUGGCACUUCCUUGUGGUCGUGAUCACUUAGACGUGAUUCAGCAGAGCGAAAAUCUUCAAAGUGCAUUUAUAACAUAUCUCCAAACGAAACAGGCCGCCGGAAUCGUCAAUAUUGCCGUGCCCGGUUCUCAACAGGUUACCAAUGUAAUACACAUAUUUCCAUCUUGUGACUUUGCAAAUGAAAAUCUCGCUCGAAUUGCUCCUGAUCUACUUCAUCGAGUGGCAGAAAUCGCUCACUUAUUUAUUGUGAUCGCCACUGCCUGAGACCGAGUCACAAGAAUUUUCAUCGUGAAAACACUAUUUUUUCUUCAUCUCUUCUUUUUUUCUCGCGCAAUGAAAAAGAUGCUUUACAUUAUUGUGGCAUAUAAAGCCUUGAAAGAGAGAGGGAGAGAGAAAGAUACGUUCUCAAAAACUGGACUUAGUUAAAAAAAAAAAAAAAGAAAAAUCAUUAAAGAACAGAAAAAAAGGACUAGAAGAAAAAAAAAAGAAUUUGGAGUAAACCAUUCAAAAAACCCUCUAUACACGAGCUAUACACGUUAAGAAAUAGUCGUUAAAACUGUACCAAUUUAAGCGAGCCGGCAAAGGCAUAACUACUGUGAUUUUAAUUAUUUAACGUAUGUAUCUGCAUAAAAACAUAAGGAAGACCGAUUCUGGUCCGCGUAUGUGUUUUUGUAUAAUAUUAAUCUAUAUAAAUACCUAUGUAUUAUAUUACUUGUAUCGAUAGUCGCCGACGCCGUUGCUGCUCUUGUUGAGAGUUAGAAAGUAAUUGAAAAGAAAAAAAAAAUAUUGAAAAAAAACUCUUAGUAGAGUUUGAAAAAAAAAUUAAUAAAUUUUUCUUUUAAAGAAAAUUUUUUUCCUACGAAGAAGAGAAUUUUUCUAUUCUGAACAUUCUUUCUUUCGUGAAAAAGAUCUAUAUUUUUUUUUUUUUGACGAAAGAAACAUUUUUUUAGUUUUUUAAAAAAAUACAAGUUUUUAGUUUUUUAAAAAUAUUUUGCAAUGAAAUUUUUUAAUUCUUUAAAAUUUGAAGAAAAGUUAUAUUUUGUUUGGAAAGUUAUCUUUUUAACUGACUUUUUUUUCUACUCUUUGAAAUUUUAGUUAAAAAUGAAUUCAGAAGGGAAAUCGUUCAUUUUUUAAAAAGGAGGGGAGAAUUUUCUUAAAACAAAAUUCUCCUCUUUUUUUACAAAUCGAGUAAACUUUUGAAGAGUGGAAAAAAUGGGAAGAAAGAAAAAUGUUUUUUUGAGAAAUAAUUUUUUUGUACUCUUUAUUUGUGAACAUGUAAAAUGUUUUUUAAUUCUCUUCUGAAUGUGGUAAAAACUUUUCGUUUUUUUUUUGUGAAAAAAAUUUUUUUUUGAGAAAGAAACCUAGGAAAAAAUGGAAGAAUACCGAGGACUACUACUAGUGUAUCAUAGAAUACCAUAGCAGGAUGUAACAUAUUAUUCUAGUUAUGUACAUUAUCGGAAGAUUUGUAAUAUUAAUGACUCGAUUCUUUAUUAUCAAAAUUGAUACGAUUAUAAUUAUCUAUUAAUUAUUAUUAUUACUACUUCUACCGACAUACUACGUUACUAUUCUAUGCUAUUACUAUACUACUACUACUACUACACUACUACUACUAUCGAACCUACUACUACUACUACCGCUGCUAUUAAUUAUCAUUAACGUUUACACAGGCUAGCUAGAAAAUAUUUGAGCGUUGAAAAUACGAGAGAGAGAGAGGAAAAAAAUUCCCUCUUUUCUUGUUUUUAAGGAGGUAAAAAUUAAAAAAAAAAAAAAAACGAGGGCUUAAAAGCUGUCGUACCAAAGGGUUCGACUGAUCUCAUAAUAAUAAAAAAAAAACUUCCAUCCUACAGUAAUAAUGCGCUUAUGUGUAUAGACAAGAAAAUUUACAAUUAUAUCACACAAAGAAAAAAAAACGUAAGAAAAAAUUACGAGUAAUAAAUGAAUUAUUUACAGAAAAAAUAAAAAUUUCGCUGACGCGCAUAGAGCGCGCUCGCCUCUAGUGGUAACGUAAAAUGUAAAGAUUAAAAAAAAAUAUAUAUUAAAGAAAAAAAAAUCAUUUAGUAAUAAAGAGAGCGUUGUUUUUUGAAAAAAAACUCCGAAAUUCGAUACUCGCAAUCGAAGACCAAAUUUGCAUAAUUUUUUUUCUAUUUUUUUUUUUAAUGUUUUUUGUUUUUAGUUUGUGAAAAAUUUUCCCGAUUUUGAAAAAUAUUUAACGGGAUUAUUUGAAAAAAAAAAAUCUGUGAUUUUACUGUAGGCGAUCUUUGUUUGCGAUUAUCCUGUGAAGGUAUAAUAAUAUCAUUUUAAAAGUUUAUAUAAAAUAUAAAAAAAAAGAAAUUGCAAAGAAAGAUUUUUUUUGUUUGUAAAAUUUACAACGCUCUCUUUCGACGUAAAUUUGAUAAUUUAAGGCAGCGCAGAUACUCGUUAUGUACAGUGUAAAAGAUGCGUUGUGCAUAUGUACAGUUAUAGAAGUUAAAUAAAAAAAAAAAAAUACGAGCGAGCGAGAUAAUGAAAAAAAAACAUAUGUUACAGUUACAAGUUAAGUAUAUAUAUAAAUAUAUAUACGCAUGCCGUGUAUAUCGUGCAACAUUUUUUCAAUUUAUAUUUAAUUGCGAACGAAAGUCUUUGUUCUUAUAAUAUAUAUACAUAUACAUAUAUAUAUAUAUAUUUUUUUUUUCUUUGCGGAUGUUUGAUUUAGGUAUUAAAGUAUCGAAAGCACAAUAUACACGUCAGCCGCGUCGAAAAAAAAACCUAUCGUGUAAAAUAUCUGUGAAUAUUAUAAUUUAGUUUCUUCCUACUGGUAUAGAAAAAAAAAGAUUAUGUUAUUCGCAUAAGGAAAA